UUGUAACGGUCGAUGGCAAAAAUGAGAAUGAUACCCGUCGCCCAUCUACAUUCCGAGUUAUGCCCCAUCUGGAUUCGUACUUGUACACCCAAUGGUCGGGGUGGACAUCGUGCUCGCAGUCUUGCCUCACUAAAAGAAUCAAAAGAUGCCAUUUUCCUGAAAUUUGUGGAGAAAAGCCCAUCUUGGAAGAAUAUAAGCUGUGUUAUAAGGAAGGUGACGACUGUGAAAGAAAAUAUUUGGAACGACUUCAGAAACUUCAGAAAAAGGAACAACAUCCCGUAACUGUUGCAGAUACGUUUGAUCUGGAAGAAGAGGACGACCAUCCUUUAAGCAAUAUGACCUGUGGUUUAUCGGCAGUUUCACCUGGUACUCGAAUUAUUGGCGGAAGGACAGCUAUUAAAGGCAGUUGGCCUUGGCAGGUAAUCUUUCAAAAUAUUUUUUCCUUUUGUGGAGGCGUAUUGCUAUCCACAGAUUGGGUCCUCACCGCAGCUCACUGCGUACGGCGGGACAUGUCCGUUCGAGCCGGGGAGCACGACGUUAGGGACAACGAAGACACAGAGCAACAGGAAAAAGUGUCCAAAACCUUCGUGCAUCCCAAUUAUGAUCUGGUGACGGUUGAAAGCGAUCUGGCACUUCUUAAGAUGAGAACUCCUUUUGAAUUGAAUCAGUUCGUGCAGCCUAUUUGCCUUCCUCAACCGGAUUACGAGCUUCCGUACUAUUCCAGAGGAACCAUUUUGGAAGACAUGCUGACAGGCAAAUUUGGCUCGAGUCAUCCCUGGUAUCAAGCUGAUUGUCCUGGAAGAUCCCUUGCUAUGGAUUGCGAAAGAUGUGUUCAGACAACACUUUCCGGAUUCUUCAGUGGGCACCUGAGGGGACUUACUUUUGAGAGUGGUAUCAAGAUGCACCCAAAUACUGUUACAGGAUGGGGCUCGCGAAGAGCUGACACUGUUUACACAAGUGACGUUCUUCAUCAAGCGGAUGUGCCAAUUGUUCCACCUAAAGAAUGCCAAAAGGCUUAUAAAGGCCACUACAUCAGGGGCAACAUGCUCUGCGCUGGAUAUGAAACUGGAAAUGUGGAUUCAUGCCGAGGAGACAGUGGAGGUCCCCUCAUACACAAACAGAAAGACGGCACUUGGGCAGUCUACGGUGUGACCAGCUUUGGAGACGGAUGUGGCCAAAAAAAGAAAUUUGGUAUUUAUGCCAAUGUCGUCACCCAUUUAUCCUGGAUCAUAGACAUCAUCAAAAGUCAGGACGAAGAGUUGCCGGACAGUACAGGACCUCUUGGAAAAUAA